CCCUGCAUUUGUAUAUCGGUGUGUAUAUUAUCUACGAAUUUGCGAACGAUGAAUUAAUGUGCUAAUUCUGUAUCAAGUUUUCUUUAAUUUCGAUCUGAUAAAGAUAUGGGGCUUCAUAACAUAUUAUGGGCUGUCGGCCGACCGGUCCAGGGCGUACUGUCUCUUUAAAGCACAGGCCACAUGGACGGAAUGAGUAGGGAAGGUGAUCGAGGGUUUCUAACACACAAUAAGAGAAGCGACGGAUCUGCGUUUACCGCCGACAUGCCUGCGAAGAAGGCAGUGAAAAGGGUGGGCCAUGUGGAUGACGCCAAGGGUCCUAAAAAAGUGAAAGGUACACCGGCCAUUCCUGAUACCCUUUCCCACAGCAGCUAUGGGACAGAGAACGGUUUGGUGCUGGUGCUCGGACAGGGUGACGUGGGCCAGCUGGGCCUGGGUGAGGACGUGAUGGAGCGGAAGAAGCCGGCGUUGGUGCCCCUCCCGGAGCCAGUCGUACAGGCCGUGGCAGGGGGCAUGCACACCGUCUGCCUCAGUGACACGGGCAGUAUUUACACGUUUGGCUGCAAUGACGAGGGGGCCCUGGGUCGGGACACCUCAGAAGAAGGCUCAGAAAUGAGUCCCGGGAAGGUGGAGCUGAAGGAGAAGGUGGUGCAGGUGUCGGCCGGCGACAGUCACACGGCGGCGCUCACCGAGGAGGGGGAGGUCUACAUCUGGGGCUCCUUCAGGGACAACAAUGGAGUAAUUGGUCUACUGGAACCCAUGAAAAAAUGCACUUUACCAGUCAAGGUUCCCAUUGAAGAACGUGUGGUUAAAAUUGCUUCGGGAAAUGACCAUCUGAUGAUGCUGACGAUGGAGGGAGACCUGUACAGCUCAGGCUGUGGGGAGCAAGGGCAGCUGGGGCGGGUCCCAGAGCGCUUUGCCAACAGAGGGGGCCGGAAAGGCCUGGAGCGACUACUGGUGCCACAGACCAUCCCGGUUCGGUCGAGAGGAAAGGUCCGUUUCUCCGACGUCUUCUGCGGUGCCUAUUUCACGUUCGCUGUGUCCAAAGAGGGUCACGUCUACGGCUUUGGCCUCUCCAACUACCACCAGCUAGGGACCCCAGGCACCACCACCUGCUUUGCCCCCAUUAAACUCACAGCCUUCAAGAACUCCACGACCUCCUGGGUUGGCUUCUCUGGAGGCCAGCACCACACAGUCUGCUUGGAUUCCGAGGGGAAGGUCUACAGCUUGGGCCGAGCUGAGUACGGCCGGCUGGGCCUGGGCCAGGGUGCUGAGGAGAAGAGCGAGCCCACUCCCAUCGGCGGCCUGGAGGGGGUGAAGGUGGUGGCCUGCGGGGCCUCCGUCAGCUACGCAGUCACAAAGCAGGGCUUGGUGUUUGCCUGGGGCAUGGGGACCAACAUGCAGUUAGGCACCGGAGAGGAGGAUGACGAGUGGACCCCGGUGGAGAUGGCUGGGAAGCAGCUGGAGAACCGUGUAGUUUUGACAGUGUCCAGCGGGGGGCAGCACACAGUUCUGCUGGUCAAAGACAAGCAGGACAGCUGAUUGGACACCAUGUGGGAGGGGUUUAUAAACCAUUGAUCUAUACUGAGGUGUAGAUCGAUAGGAUGUGGGAUGGUGAGGCUUCCCGUGCUGCGCCCUGUCGCCCUAAAGAGGCCAUUUAGGGAGGGGAGAUGAGGGAGCUGGGUGCUGGUUGCUGUCCGAGUCUCACUCCUACUCCUAUGGAGCCAAACAUCGCACUGAGGCUAAGGCAGGAUGUUCGGGGGGGGGAUAGCAAAAUUAUUUUUUUAAACUAGUUUGCUCCUUUUGUUUUCUUAAUUAUUUUUAAUGAUAUCCUUUAGUAUGACAUUCAGGGAUUCUGAAGUUUUCUGUGUGCAGGAAAUCGAUCACCUUUUAAUAGUCCUGUUUGCAGACUUUUAAAGUGAUAUUUGGUCAAAGCAAUAAAAAUCCAAAAUUGAGACCAA